AGAGGCCCCUUUGACACCUCUACUCUCCAGGCACUCUCGCGUUGCAUAUAUUUGUAUUAGCCUCAAUGAACUAUCAAUCAUUUCCUCCAUAAACUCUUUCUUAAUCUUCUUUCUCUCGUUAUUAAACGACAAACACUCUGUGUCGAACCCCAUCUUCAAUAAAUCCUUCGUACAGUCGUACAGUUCCUCCAGCCCCGUUAAAGUGGAGUAAACCAUUCGGAUAUCGUCUUCGUGUUCAUAGUGAUAAGAAGCUUGUAGAGUGAUUCCUCGUUCCCUGAAGGAAAAAAACGGAUGGCAGUCUUUCUACUCUUCAGUCUUCUACUGGCUCUUUGUUUAAGCCAUACGGGUUGCGAGACGCCACCCGUCUUAACCAUCGAGAGUCCAGAUGGUGAUUUAAUUGACUGCAUCUAUUUUGAAGCCCAACCAGCUCUCAGGCACCCGCUUCUGAGGAAUCACAAAAUUAAGGAAGUACCGAGGGUGUUAUCAAAGAGGAUGAAUGAAAUGAAAGAAAAAAGAGUAAGGCAGGUGUGGAACCAAAACGGCACAAGCUGUCCCGACGAAACGGUCCCCAUAAGACGUGACACACGGCCCGGACCCAAACCCACCAGCAAAAAAAGGCAUUUAACCGACGCCCGAGUUAGUCGCCAGGGAGUUCCAUACCCCGCCGAAGAGGGACACGAGUAUGCGAUUGCAUAUUCCACAAGCCAAGCAGGUAUAUAUGGAGCACAUGCCACUAUGAACUUGUGGGCACCAGCCGUUGAACCAGGAUCGGGGGAGUUCAGUCUUUCUCAAAUAUGGCUCGUUACGGGCCACUACAACGGGUCUGAUCUGAAUACUAUAGAAGCUGGAUGGCAGGUAUUUCCGAAACAUUAUCAUGAUAGCCUGCCACGACUUUUCGUAUAUUGGACGAGGGACACGUAUCAAAAGACAGGGUGUCUAAACCUUGAUUGCCCUGGGUUUGUACAAGUCCCGAGUGAUUAUGCGAUCGGAGCAGCAUUUGCUCCUAUAUCUUCUUACGGCAGCAACCAAUACGACAUUACAAUGGCGAUAUGGAAGGAUACCGACAACGGGAACUGGUGGCUUGGUAUUGGCCAGUCAUUUGUGGGGUAUUGGCCGGCGAGUCUGUUUACCCAUUUGGCUGACGGUCCGGCGAAGUUGGUGCAGUGGGGUGGCGAGAUAACAAACACCCGCAGCUACGGUCAACAAACCACAACGCAGAUGGGUUCGGGACACUUCCCCGAGGAAGGCUUCGGGAAAGCUAGUUUCUUCCGCAAACUCAGAAUCAUCGAUCCUCUCUACCACCUCGUACCGGUCGACGACUUCUUGCUGCAAACACUGAACCCCACGUGUUACAAUGCCAUCAAAGCUCACAAUGAGGCAUGGGGGACCCACUUCUUCUACGGCGGACCGGGAUUCAACGCCUUGUGUCCCUAGUUUCUUUUCCCCUACGUAUACAUAAUACAUAUAUAUUUUUUACUAUUUUAUAGCUUUCAUAUUCACAACUUUGUACGACUACUGUUUAAAGCUUAUUAUUAAGCUUGUCGUGUUUUCAUCUUUCUCAACUAUCUUAGCGCCAUCAA